CUAUGCAAUCGUUGCUUGUAGAUGUUGUAAUAAUUAUAACCAAAGAUAGAUAUAACGUAAAUCGAUCUGCCGGUAGGUACUUUUUGUAAAGUUGUCUAAUCCAGUUGUGGAUUUGCCCAGGAUAGCUCUUCCAGAGAGAAGUCGUCAUGGCAGAAGAUGCAAGGGUCGUAAUAAUCACUGGUGCCAACUCAGGUAUUGGUCUGAGUUUUGCCGAUCGUCUCUUGGCCAUUGAUCCAACAAUAAUCUUAUGCCUCGCCUGUCGGAACCCAAGUAGAGCAGACACGGCGAGAAAAACGCUUCUAGACAACCAUCCAGAUGCAAAGAUAGAACUUGUACGAUUAGACACGAGUGACAUCAAAGGAAUAUACGAUACUGCAAAGAGUAUUAAAAGAAAAUACACAAGAUUGGACUUUCUAUAUCUGAAUGCUGGUAUAAUGCCGGUUACACAUUUGAACUGGAAGAACAUGUUCAAAGCAAUCUUCACUCCAACCCAAUUAUUUGAGAUGCUGACCACAGGGGAGGGUUUAUUGAAUCUUCAAGAUGACAUGACCAAUGAUGGCCUUAAGACAAUAUUCUCAACAAACAUCUUCGGCCAUUUUGUUCUGAUAAAGGAAUUGGAAGAUCUUUUAUUUGAAUCAAGAGGACGGAUCGUAUGGACAUCUUCCAGCAAUGCAGACCAAUCAAACUUCAGCCUCCAAGAUGUACAACACAAACAUGGUUCUCAGGGAUACAGCUCAUCAAAGUACGCCAUUGAUAUUCUAAAUGUAGCACUGAAUGAGCAGUACAACCAGCAUGAUGUCUAUAGCCAUUUAGUGUCUCCAGGAGUUGUGGCUACAAACAUUACCAGCACCUUUUUUCCAGCUUGGAUGUGGUCGAUGUUCUAUCCGAUAUUUCUGCUGAUUCGUGUAUUUGCUCCAAGAUUUGUCAUUGAGCCACAUUUAGGAGCAGAGUCAAUGGUUUGGGUAUUUGAGGAGGAUAGAAUCUGCAUUCGUCCAGAUCGCAAAUACACAAGUUAUAGCUCGGUAUUAGGACAUAGCUACGUUGUACCCGAAGAGGUUGAAUAUGAAUCAAAGGCCCCUAUACAGUUAUACAGCCAACUUGACAAACUCUAUAAGAUGUUUACGGAUAAGUACACAGGAGGAGACAACAGAAGUGACAGCGAAUAUAUUUAAAAUAAUAGGAAUGGACAAAACUAAAGCGUAUAUUUGUUAUCAAAUGGGGCGUCACAUCUGUGGGUUUAUGGAAGAGUAAACUCGAUUGUUUACAAGAAUUUGAUCAAAUGAAAUGUUUGUGUUUUAAACAAAGAAAAUAAAAGGUUACAGAUAUUUUACACAUGAUAACUUGUUACCAUGGAAUUAAAUCAGGCAACAGUUUUGGUGUGGUUUUAUCUCUUGUUUUUUUUCUCGUUUUGUUUUCUUCUCAAUAUUAUUCAAUAUAAUGAAUUGAUAUACUCACCUCCUUAUUACUCGAGUAGUAAAGAUAUUGGACUAAAAUUAAGCCAUUGCCAAGUCAAAAAUUAUUAAAUAUUAAUUGAUAUGUCAAGGCAAAACACUUGAUUUUUAUAUAAUCAGGUUUGACUGGUUUGAAAGGAAGCUAUUGGGAAUCAGUGCCUUUUUAUCUUCAAUUAUGAAGUAUUUUGUAAAAUUUUACCAUUUGUAGAUGUGAGAAUUUAAGUCUCUCUACAGACUUAUUUUAUAAAUUAAUAUCAUAAUAAUGCUAUAACCAAAAAUGGAACGUUCAUGUUACUAUUUAAAUAUCUAACAAUUUAUAAUGUGCAAUGUAAAUCAUAAAUUCUUAAAUUGUUUUAGCCAUUCUUGUCUUCCAGUGACUUACGUAACAAAAGUAUGUAUUCCUUAGAAUCCAUAACCAGUAUUCUUAUUUAUGAAAAUGAUAAUUUUAGUCUGCAUGGGAAUACACCGAUCCAUUAGGCCCCGCCCACGGCGCACGUAUGAGCAAGAACACGUGAGCUUCUCCAAUGCCAUUCUGCACAACUCUGACGCACGCCGAGCAUAUGGGCAUGCAUGUCGGACCUUAUAGUGUCGGAAUUUUGGUUGUGCAAUGGGUUGUGAUUGGUCAAUACGCAAUGGGGUGGAGCUUAAUGGAUCGGUCUAUUGCAUACCAGUUGUUCUUCCAGGCAACCAAUUUACAGGCAACCAGUUCCAGGCAAUCUUCACAAUGGAAAGGCACUCACAUUUGAAUGUUCGCAUAUUAUUUAGGAUCUUAAGACAUUAUUUUUUGAGAGGUACUCCUGUGCUACCAAAGUGGUCCUGUAGCAUGCACUGCAAGUUGCCUGAAAAAGUUGCCUCGUGUAACAAGGCCAUAGCACAUGGAUCUGGUAAACAGCUGAAAAUUUGGUUUCUCCAAACAAUUAUUCCUUUCUCUGAUAAAUGUUUGCAUUCUUUUAUUCUAAUAAGUGAUUUUCAUUAAGAGAGGCUAUCAUCAAAUUAUAACUAUUCAAGUUGGUGCUUUAAUUCAAACUGAGUAUAUUUUGCCAAUCAAAUUGCACCAAUUUAGCAGGUAAUUUUUUAGGGUUUUGUGAGUUUGGUUUUGAUACUGAAGAUUGUGUUUGGAAUUAAAAGUGUUUUAAAACGA